AUGUGGCUCUUGGAAAAAGCCGGUUAUAGGGUGCGGACCGCAGAGGCCCGGGCGCUGCAGGCGCACCCCAAUCUGGUUCCCAAGCGCCAAGCCUCGGGCUCGCCCUCGCGCUGCAACCCUAACGUCCUCACCCCCGACCGCAUCCCGCAGUUCUUCAUACCGCCUCGGCUCCGGGACCCAAGAGGCGCCGAGGCCAGGGUGGACCGCAACCCGGGCGGCCGGAACCUCCCGGUGACCUGCUCGCUGCCGCACCUGGCUGGCCGCGAGGGCUGGGCCUUCCUGCCCGAGAGCCCGCACACGCGCCGCCGCGAGUCCUUGUUCCACGGGCCGCGCGGCCUGGCCGCAGGCCUGGCCCCGGCGCAGUCACGGCUGCACGUCUCGGCCCCCGACCUCCGCCUCUGCCGGGCCCCAGACAGCGACACGGCCUCGUCGCCGGACUCCUCGCCCUGCGGCUCCCCGCGCACGCCCAGGCCGCAGUCCCUGUCCCCCGACGAGGCCAGCUCGGCGGACACUAGUCCGUACGCGCCGCGCCGCGCGCCGCCGCUCUUCCACCUGGACUUCCUCUGCUGCCAGCUGCGGCCGGCCAAGGACAGCGUGCUGCGCCUGGGGCCCCGCGGCGGGCAGCUGCGCCUGUCCACCGAGUACCAGGCGGGGCCCGGGCGGCUGCGGCUGCGCCUGGUGAGCGCCGAGGGGCUGCCUCGGCCGCGGACCCGCCCCGGGAGCGGCGGCGGCGGCUGCUGCGUGGUGCUGCGGCUGCAGCCGCGCGUCAGGCCGGGAGCUCAGCGGAGCCGGGUGGUCCAGGGCAGCUGCAACCCUAUCUUCAACGAAGACUUCUUCUUCGAGGGGCUGCGCCCGCCGGAUCUGGCCGCCCGCAGUCUGAGGGCCAAGGUGCUGGACAGGGGCGCGGGGCUGCGCAGGGACGUGCUGCUGGGGGAAUGUGAGACGCCCCUCAUCGCCCUGCUGCCCCCACUGGCUGGAGGUCUAGGCCCUGGGUCCUCCCUGGCACCUACUCAUCUCAGCCUGUAG